CUCCAAAUCUACCUGCACCCAUCCUCUCAAAUCAAUCAAUCUUCCCAGUUCCUUCAUUUGCUGUCGGAGCUUCUUUGGGCCCUCCGCCACCCUCCUCCUUCCUCCAGAUCAUCCCCACCAAAGAAGAACCUAAUGGGAAGCAAAGCUCCGAAUUGGGCAGACCAGUGGGGAGCGGGUGGGUUCGGGAGUGAGGACGAGAAUGAGCAGGUGAAGAAGCGAAGCGGCAGCAGCAAGAUGGCCGAUGCGAAAGCAAAAGCAUCGGCGGGAAUGGACAAAGCCAAAGCGGCGGCAGUGGUGGGCGCUGACAAAGCCAAGGAAGCGGCAGUAGUGGGAGCCAUGAAACUCAAGAGCGGCACCUCCGCUGGUCUCAAAUGGGUCAAGAAUCAAUAUCAAAAGAGGGCUUCUUCCUCCAAGUGAACCUUCCCCAUUCUCUCCCUCCACCUUCCGACACUGUGAUUCCACCAUACCUAUAAUUUCAUCCUCCUCCGACUGUCUUUUGUUCUUUCUUAUAGCUUUUACUGGCCUUUCCAUAUGCACUAGAGAUCUAAUUUUGCUUCAGACUUUACUUGAACAUGAACGUAUUUUUUCUUAUUUUACCUGAAUACUUUGCAUUUCGAAUGUCAUAUCCUUGAUUAAUUAAUCUUUUAAUUCAAGUUGCAUCGGUAGCA